AUAAUGAUUUUUCUCAAGCUUCGGUUUUCUUCUAUUGAUACAAUAAUUUUUUUUUUCGAACUCUCUAAUCAUUCAAAGAAAUCAGGUUUGCUUUUUUCCUUUACCCUCGAAAAUCUGUGUAUAUACUGUUUUGAUUAAAUUUUUCGGCGCUUUUCGAUCGUCGACCGAUUCGUUACGAUCAUGGGCUUACAAGACUCUGCGAUGGUUGGAUCGGAAUCGUCUGAUUUAUCGUCUGGGCGCUUUAGGGUUGCGGAAUUUAGGGGUUUUCUGUUGCGCGCUCUGUUUAUUGGGAAUAGUUAGGUUGUAUUGAUGCUUGUUUUUCUUGUUUGAAUUGACACUUCGAUGCCACAGUUAGUUGUGUCUGGAAUAUCGGGAUGUUUAUAUCGAUUCAAGGGACGUGAAUCAUGGAAUUUAGGGUUCUAUGGUGUGAAUUUUAUGUCGGGUCUUAGAUUGCUAAAGAUGAGUUUUUGGAUUGUUCUUUAUAUUACCUAUGGAUUUUUAGUUUCAGUUGCUUCAUUUUUUAUGUUUAUUCUGGAUUCAAGUAAAAUGUCUACAAGGAGGUGGAUUUGUGUUGGGAUUUCAUAUGUGGAAUCAAGAACAAGAAUCACCGGGUUUCGUCUUGGCCACAGAGUGCCGAUUGCUGUGAUUUGGUUUGAGAUUAAGAACUUCUUAGUAUGAAAUCUGUUGAUCUCCGCUGUGAUGAAGAUCUGUUUGAGGGUUCCUGUUUAUAAUCUUUGUUUAUCGCAUAUGGGUAGCUUCAGUCUUUGUAGUGGAAGCAGCAGACCUUUUGGUUUAGACUGCACCGAGUUGGUUCAGUUUCUGAUUGUUAUGCGACUCUUUGUUCGUCUAGUAAUCUGCGAUGGCGAUCAAAACGGCGAGGAAAGAAUCUGUCUUUGUUCGAAUUGGUCAAACGCCUUUGAAGAACCAAGUUUGCAUCUACUGGCUUGAAGGGAGAUGCAACAAGGACCCAUGUAGGUUCCUGCACAAACACAAAGAAUCUCUGCCUUCAGAAACUGGGAGACGGCCGCUGCCUAAUGCUAAUCAUUCCAAGACGUGGAGGAAUCCUAACCAUGACGGAUCUCGUAAGGAAGGAGUUAUAUCCAAUACUAAAAGUAAUCCUGGAAAGAGUGGUCAGAGAGAUCAAGGAAUGAAAACUGGUCGGGGUGGGAGUGAUCGUGUAGCAGUAGCACAGUGCCAAACAAAGGUUGUGACCGUUGUAAGAGACGUAUCAGAGAAACGCAUUGUUCAAAAAGCUCAGCCAAAGCAAUGCAAGUACUGGAUUACUGGCAAUUGUGUCUAUGGGGAGAAGUGCAAGGAUUUGCACUCAUGGUUUUUUGGUUCUGGAUUCACAAUGUUGGCAAAGUUAGAGGGGCAUACGAAGGCGAUAACUGGAAUUUCACUCCCCUUUGGCUGUGAAAAGCUGUAUUCGAGCAGCAAGGAUGGGACUGUUCGUGUGUGGGACAGCAACAAUGGUCAGUGCGUUGGUUCAGCGAUGAUCGGUGGUGGUGUUGGGUGUUUAGUUGCUGAAGGCCCAUUGCUGUUUGCUGGGUCGGAAAAUGUUGUGAAGGUAUGGAACCUCCAAAAUCAGACUGAGUUUUCUCUCGAUGGGGCAGUUGGAUCGGUUUGCAGCAUGAUCGUAGACGAGGAUAAGCUCUUUGCUGGAAUGGAGAAUGGUACCAUAAUGGUGUGGAAGUGGAAUCUUGCGACCAAUAUCCCGGAACCAGCUGCCAUGUUGAAGGAGCACGAAGGCGCUGUGCGUUCUCUUGUUGUUGGCGCUGGUCGGCUCUAUUCUGGUUCGAGGGACUGUACUAUAAAGGUAUGGGACCUACAAAACUUGCAGUGUUUGCAGACUCUGUGUGGGCAUACGAGAGACGUGGCAUCUGUUAUCUGCUGGGAUAGAUAUUUGUUAUCGGCUUCUCUCGACAAAACAUUGAAGAUUUGGGCUGCUACGGAAAGUGGGGCGAUAGAGGUGAUUCAUGAGAUUAGAGAUGAUCAUGAGCUCAUGGCUCUCUGUGGCAUACACGACGCAGAAGUAAAACCUAUUCUGCUUUGCUCGUUUAGCGACAGCACAGUCCGCCUCUACGACCUGCCUUCAUUUACGGAGAGGGGCCGGAUAUUUUCAAAGCGGGCAGUUGAAGUGAUUCGGAUUGGCACUGGCGGGCUGUUCUUCACCGGUGAUUCGACUGGAGAGGUUUCCAUCUGGAGAUUGCUUGGGACGCCGUGUGCAGCAGCAGCAUCAUGACGCGACUCUCCCUCAAAACGCGGUGUGUCGGGUGGGAUGGGAGGCUGUGGUAUUGUUCUUGUAGAUAAAUCUGCAGUUGUUGGAUUGGUUUUUUGUGAAAUCCUGCAAGUUUUUGGCCACCCUAAGUUAACCAAGUGAAGAUAUUUCGAAAUGUCAAUAUAUAUUAUUCAUUUUUAUGAUCA